UUGAGGAGUGGAGGACUGAGCUUGGGAGAGAGCAGGCUUUCAGAGGUUCACGGUUCAGGCUAAAUACAGAGUAAUAUCAAUGCACCGAAGCGGGCGGCUCGGCGGGUUGCUUACAAGCUUUACUGCGACUGAAUGACACCAAAUAUCGACACAACUUCGAUAAGGCGACCAUCACCCCUACAGCCCUGGCCAUGAAUAAACAGCCCAGCAAAGAAAGUCUCAAGGACAAAGUGAAGGGAAUCUUUGGCCUGGGACCCACGAGACCACCCAGCAAGCAGAACGAGACAAAGCCAUCUGAAUUCAUCAUCACGUUUGACCUACUCAAGGAACUAAAUCCAGACUGUGGUCUGGGCAAUCGGAUCCGUGUAAUCGGUCACGUGUGUGAUCUGGCAAAGACCAAAAAAUUCGAGGAGUAUGGUGUAGAGGCUGUAUGGAAGGCAGUGGAGGACAUGUUAAGUCCAGAACAGCCGCCUGAGGCCAGACAUGCUGUUCUCCUCCUGCUUAGGGCCAUCAUACAGGGACAGGGUGAGCGGCUCGGUCCUCUGAGGGCGUACUUUUUUAAAAUAAUCAGAGAUUACCAGCCAUCCAAUGAAGACCUGUCGGAUAGGCUGGAAGUCUUCAAGGCCCUGACAGAAAAUGGUAAAGACAUCACAUAUCUGGAGGAGGACAUAGCUCGGUUUGUUCUGCUGUGGAUGGACAUAGGUCUUACCUGCGACUUCCUCCACGUGCUCGUGAACCUUGUCAAGUUUAACAGCUGCUACCUGGACCAGAACGUUUCCAUUAUGGUCCAAAAAAUCUGCCUUCUGUGUAAUAGAACAACAUCCUCCACAGACAUUGAGGUGGCCCUGCAGGUUCUGGAUGCUGUGGUCUGCUACAAUUGCCUGCCCUCAGACUCUCUCACCAUCUUCAUCAUCACACUCUGCCGUACCGUCAACGUCAAAGAGUUUUGUGAAUCAUGCUGGAAGUUGAUGAGGAAGGUCUUGGGGACUCACCUUGGCCACAGUGCAAUUUACACCAUGUGCCGCAUAAUGGAAGAAAGGGUGUAUAUGGAGGAUGCACCAUUGCUGAGAGGUGCUGUAUUCUUUGUUGGGAUGGCCCUGUGGGGGGCGCACAGACUCCCUGCCCUCAAAAACACACCCACACUUGUCCUGCCAUCUUUCUACAAGGCCAUGUCAUGUGCCAACGAGGUGGUGUCCUACGAGAUCGUCCUGUCCAUCACCAGACUGAUCAAGAAGUACGGCAAGGAGCUGCAGGUCGUCACCUGGGACAUUCUGCUGGGCAUCAUCGAGAGACUGCUGCAGCAGAUCCAGACGAUAGGCAGUGCAGAGCUGAAGGCCAUUGUGUACGAGCUGCUGACCACAGUAGAGGAGCUGUACGAGCAGAAUGGUUACCAUGGCUCCACUGAGAGGUUCUUCAGUCUGGUGGAGAAGUGUGCUGACAAGAGGCCUGAUGCGUCUGUCCUGACCCUCAUCUCCUACAGGGCUCAGUCCAUCCAACCAGCUAAGGAUGGCUGGAUUCAGAGCCUUCACCGCCUCAUGGAGAAAUUCUUCAGGAAUGAGACUCGUAGUGUGAUAAGGAUCAAAGUGCUUCACAUCUUGUCUUUCGUCCUCAGCACCAACCGACAGCUGUAUGAGGAGGAGUUAAUUGAAGUGGUGGUGAUUCCCCAGCUGAGUGGAAUAGCUGAAGACCGGGACUUGGCCGUCAGGAAACAGGCCACCCAGCUCCUGGUGGACCUGGCUGAGGGCUGCAACACACACCACUUCACCAGCCUGCUGGACAUCAUAGAGCGGGUGGCAAGCCGUUCUCUGGUGUGCUCGGGGCCCCUGGAGGUUUCUGAGAGAGACCCCACAGCAGAGUCUCCUAUGGAGGAUGUCAGGACUGCUAUACUGGGCCUACUGGAGAUCCUGCAGAGUAAACUUUACAGCCUGCCUGCCAGCCAUGCUAGUCGUGUUUAUGAGUUGCUUAUCAGCCACUUGCAGCUUCACUACAAGAACAAAUACUGUUCUGCUAUCGCGUCCAGCAUUCGACUGCAGGUGUUUGACUUCUUUCUGAUGAUGCGAGCAGACUCUCUUCACCGUCUGGGGGUCCCAAACAAAGACGGCGCCAUGAGGUUCAGCCCUUACUGCUACUGUGACACAGGGGAACCAGAGAAGCGAGUCAGUGAGAAGAAGCCAACAGGUUCAGCGUCUCCUCCUGCUGGCAGCCCUGCUCCCUCCACUGCCCCUCCCCCCUGCUCCUCCUCCAUUCGCACAGCCUACCUUCCCUACGCACCUGCCUUCAGUGUCCUACUGCAGUGCCUAAAGAUGGAGACAGACUGGAAGGUUUUGAAACUAGUUCUCGACAAGCUGCCGUGGACGCUCCAGUACAAAGUCUUGCUGCUCACUUCACCUUGCAGCCUGGAUCAGCUCUGCUCUACGCUCUGCUGCAUGGUGACAGAUCGCCUGAUCUCAGAACGUUUGAAGAAGACCCCUGAUGGGUUUUCCCGUACUGAUGUUCAGCUGGCGGUGGUUCCCGUACUUACUGCAAUCACCUCCUACCACAAUUACCUAGAGCAGUCUAGACAGAGAGAACUGGUCCAAUGCCUGGAGACUGGCCUCAUCUACCGCUGUGCCAAACAGUGUGUAGUUGCAUUGACGAUGUGCACUGUGGAGAUGCCUGACAUCAUGAUCAAGCUCCUCCCAGCUCUCAUCGUCAAACUCACGCAUAUCUCGGCAACCGUUGCUAUGGCAUCGCCUAUGCUAGAGUUCCUCUCCACUCUGGUCCGUUUACCCCAUCUCUAUGCCAACUUCGUAGCCGAGCAAUAUGUUAGUGUGUUUGCCAUCUCACUGCCCUACACCAAUCCCUCCAAAUUCAACCAGUACAUCGUUUCGCUGGCCCACCACGUGAUCGCCAUGUGGUUUAUUCGAUGCAGACUGACCUUCCGCAAGGACUUUGUUCAGUACAUCACUAAGGGUUUGCGUUCCAAUGCCCUGCUGCCAUUUGAUGAUGGCCAUGAGCAAAGUGCAUUUCGAGCUCGAAGCACCAGCCUCAACGAAAGGCCCAAGAGUCUGCGGGCGGCCAAAGUGGCGAAGGCGGCAGCUGCAGUAGCCAAUAGCAGCAGCUCUCCAGUUAAAGAGCUGAGGGACCUGUCAGCCAUGGACGCUUUCCGCUCCCGCAGCAUCAGUGUCUCCGAGCACGCAGUCCGCAGGAUGCACACCUCUACCACCACCUGCAGCCUGGGCUCUGCAGAUGAAAACGCCGUGACUCAAGCAGAUGAGGGGUUGAAAACUGUCCACCUGGAGCUGACUGAGACCUGUCUGGACAUGAUGGCACGAUACGUCUUCUCAAACUUCUCAGCCCUGCCCAAGAGGUCUCCCAUCGCAGAGUUCCUGUUGGCGGGGGGUCGCAGUAUGACCUGGCUUGUGGGAAACAAGCUGGUGACCAUCACGACCAGUGGAGGGGUCCGUACUCAGGCACUGUUGGGCCUAGAUAUGGCUGAGCGGCUGGGUGGAGGAGGGGAGAUGACAAGGUCAGAUCCAUCUCUACAUACCCGGAUAACCAAAGAGGCUCCAGCCAAACUCGAGUCUCAGUCAAGCCAGCAGCUGAACAGAGCCACACGCAUAAGAGUGCGCUCCAUGUCAGGUGGCCAUGCUCUGCGUGCUGGUCCUGCCCAGAGUCUCAGUCCACUCGUGUCCCCCUCUGAGGGCGAGUUAGCCGCCCCUCUCUCUCCCUCUUCUGGUCCCACGCUGGACGGCCUUGGUCCUCCUUCCUCCAUCUCUCCCACCCCCUCUGCUCCCCCACCACUCAAGGACAAUCCCAGCCUGGCUGAGUUUGUCCCCAUGCUCACACAGGGCUGGGCUGAGAUCUUCAUACGAAGACCGUCAGGAAACACAAGCUGGUUGAUGUGUCUUGAAAAUCCUCCCAGUCCCUUCUCCUCCGAGCUUGGCAACAUGCCGCUGCAGGAGCUCUCCAGUGUCCUCAUGGCGAUGGAGGGGGUGAAGGAGCCACCUGCCCAGACAGCCAGUGCCCCUGCAAGCACUGCUGCCCCAGCCCCCAUGUCGGAGCCCCUGCUCCAAACACACAGCGGUGGAGGAGGGAAGGUGAACCUGAUCCAGCGCUCCAACACUGUGGGCGGCUCUCUCUGGUCUCUGGGUCUGGGCUCUGCCCCCCCAGGCCCUCCAGCCCCUGGCAGGUUGCACAGGAGCAUUUCCUGGGCAGACUCUGUAGUGGUACUGGAGGAGGGGGUCACCACAGCACACCCCCCAUCUGAUUGGCCAGAGGGUGAGGAGUUUGAACCAAUUGCCUCUGAACCCAUCUUCAUGGCUGCUGACAAGUUCACAAAGAUGCCAGCAUCUGGGACUCUGAGCAGGUCCUCUUCCACUUCCAGUCAGGAUGACGAAAAAUCCACUCUUGAGGAAGUGAGUGAGGGAGCAAUUCCUAUUGAUCAGCCAACUCUGGGACCCCCCACUCCCAGCAGCCAGGGGCCCGAGCUUCCCUUUCAGAGCCACACUCAGUCCCAGGGUCAGGGGCUGAACAAGUCAAGCUCCUCCCCGGAACUGCAGACCUUACCUGAGGCCUUUUCCAAGGCUGCCAUGGAGUCAGCAACCGCAGCAGGAGACACGUCCCGACCCCGGGCACCUUCAGAUGGUAAGUCUCAGCCCCAGCAGCCUCAUUUGGAGAAAGAGCGAGUAGAGGGAGGUGGAGCAGGAGGAGGAGGAGCAGGAGGAGGAGCAGGAGGGGAGGUGAACGGACUGGGCGGGCAGAGCCAAACGGGCGAAGCGCCAGGUGUGGCGCUGUCUCAGAGCAGUGGAGGGAGGAUGAGGUUGGAGUUCCCAGCAGCGGCCAGCCAAUCCGGACCCAUCUCCCCCGGCGGAGGUCACCGUCCCCGGGGUCACACCAUCUCAGUGUCAGCCCCUUCCUCCAGGAGAGAGAGGAGGACUGAGAGGGACUCCUACCACAGUCGACCUGGACCCAGCAACACAGAGAAGAUCUCUGGACUCAGCCCGAGCUUUGUCUUCCUCCAGCUUUAUCACUCUCCAUUCUUCGGUAAUGAAGCUAACAAACCCCUGCUGCUUCCGAAAACACAGGUCAUUGAUCGUGCUGUGAAGGUACUGGACCAGAUGCCUCCUUAUGACACACAUAAGAUUGGAGUGGUGUUUGUAGGGGCUGGUCAGGUCAAUAACGAGGUCGCCAUACUCUCAAAUGAGUAUGGAUCAAACCGCUACGCUGCCUUUUUGACCGGACUAGGCAAACUUAUCCAUCUGAAGGACUGUGAUCCUGACCAGAUCUUCCUCGGUGGGCUCGACCAGUAUGGGGAUGAUGGAGAAUUCACCUACUGCUGGCAUGACGACAUCAUGCAGGCUAUCUUCCACAUCGCCACACUGAUGCCAAACAGGGAGAGUGACAAGGGCUGCUGCAACAAAAAGCGUCACAUUGGCAAUGAUUUUGUCAUGGUUGUGUAUAAUGACUCUGGAGAAGAGUACAAACUGGGCACCAUCAAGGGUCAGUUUAACUUCGUAGAAGUCAUCAUAAAACCACUGGACUAUGAAUGUAACCUCGUCACCCUGCAGUGCCGCAAAGACCUGGAGGGGUUAGUCGACACAACAGUAGCAAAGAUUGUUUCAGACCGCAACCUGCCUCUGCUGGUCAGGCAGAUGGCCCUGCACGCUAAUAUGGCUUCAUUGGUGCAUCAGUACAGAGCGAACCCCUCUGAUGCGUACGCCUCCAAGUGGCUUGCAAGGUUACGGCACAUUAAGAGGAUCAGGACACGGGCUCAGGAAGACAUCCAGUCCCGGCCGACCCCAGGCAUCUCGCUGACCCAGGGACACACCCAACAGAACAAGGCUCCGUAUCAGCAGAGCAGCGCGGCUGCAAACACAGAGGCCUCGGGCCAGAGGAAGAGACUAGUCUCCACUGUGGAUGACUUUACAGACUUUGUUUGAGCCCCCAGACGGACAUAUCCCUUCAGCUCUGGGAUUACAUUUCUCAUGCUCACACACUCGCACACACACUCGCACACAACCACAGACAUGCACACACCUGCCUUAGAGCCGAGGUGACUUCCGUUUCCCCUGAUAAUGUGUGAACGAAUUCAGGAUGAUGGUAUGCACACUGAUUUUGACAUAAACCGGUUGGAUUACUGCAUUUGUAAUUGAGAACCUCUGAAAUUCAUAUCAUAAAGGCUUAUUAUUUUGUGCUAAGUAUUGAUAUACGAAGACAGUAACUUCUGCAUAUUUUUUGAAAACGCUAAUGCUUUGCACUUUUUUGGGUCUAAUCAAGAUGAUAAAGACAUGCAACAUGAGAUGAGUAAAGUUGUAGGGAACACUACUUUUGAAAGCAGUGUGUGUUUGUGUGUGUGUGUAUAUAUGUGUGUGUGGAAUAAAGAGACUAU